CGUGAUUAAAUUUUAUUUCAUAUCAUAUCAGUAAAUUUUUUCUCAAUUUCUACAACGUGCGUGGUUCAUUAUACGUAAAUUGUGGACAUAAUUUGUGAUAUUUUACGAAUCAGAAUAUUUCCCUGUAAUUAGAUUUCAUUCUGCCCGUGAAAACUUCAAACUUUCGCCAUGGGUCAUCCCUCUCUAAAAAAAAAGAGUAAACGUUUGUCAUGUCGUUUGAAGUAUAAAAUCGAUAAGAAAGUUCGUGAACAUAACAGAAAGAAACGCAGGGAAGCACGUAAACAACGUAAAGGUUCUAAAACGAAAGCCAUUACCGCACCUCAGCAGUGUCCGUUCAAAGAACAAAUUAUUGAAGAUUUUAAUGAAGCUAAAGCUAAAGAAAAAGAAAUGAUGGUGGAAAAUAAACGAAUAAUAGAAGAAAACGCUGCAAAUGGUAUAACUUUAGAGCAACUCGUUCAAGAUGCUCGGAUACGAGGCGAUGAUUACAUGCCCAUAGAUAGAAAUGAAGAAAUAGAUCGUAAAAUUAAUGCCGCGCAGAAAAUGGAAAGCUCUUCUCUUACAAAAGAAUUCAAGAAGGUCGUUAAUGAAGCAGACGUUAUAUUGGAAGUUGUAGACGCCAGAGAUCCUCUUGGCACCAGAUGUAAAGUUGUAGAAGAAACUGUCGCAAGAGAUCCCAAAAAAAGAUUAGUAAUUGUCUUAAACAAAGCUGACUUAGUUCCACGAGAAAAUUUGGAAAAAUGGUUAAAAUAUUUGAGGCAAAGCAGACCUGCUGUACCUUUUAAAGCUAGUGUUCAACAACAGGCUCAAAAAUUGGGUCGCCGAACUAUGCUGAAAAAAUCCAAAAAGAAGAAGAAUUUGGAAAAACUUAUGUCAGUUUCGUCUUGCGUCGGUGCCGAAUUUCUGAUGAAGCUGUUGGCUAAUUAUCGUCGUAGUGAUGGAUUUGAAAGAUCCAUCAUAGUUGGAGUAGUUGGUGUUCCUAACGUUGGUAAAAGUAGUAUAAUAAACAGUUUGCGGCGAGCAAAAGCGUGUCGUGUUGGAGCAGAACCUGGUGUUACGAGAACUUUACAAACAGUCCAAAUCAGCGCGAAUAUAAAAAUUUUAGAUAGUCCUGGUAUUGUUAUGGAAAACCCUGUAUUGAAAAAUAACACUCUUUUAUGCUUAAAAAAUCUAGUGAAAACCGAUCAGUUAAACGAUCCGACUCUUGCUGCGCAAGCAAUUCUGUAUCGGUCCACUAAAGAACAAAUGAUGGAAUUAUACAAUGUAUCAAAUUACAACACUCCAGAAGAAUUCUUACUCUCUUUAUCUAAACGUUUCGGAUUAUUGGGAAAGAAAGGCAUACCUGACACUUUCAAAGCUGCGAAAAUGCUUGUACAGGAUUGGAAUCGCGGUAAAAUAAGAUAUUACACAUUACCGCCAGAAGACUCCGCUGACACUCAUAUCAGUGCUAAGAUUGUUUCAAAACUUGGUGAAAAUUUCGAUGUGUCGCAGUGUAAUCCGUCCAGUACCGGAACUGAAUCAGAAAUGGAUACAGAAUUUAACGAGUUACAGUUUGCGAAGGAAGAAAAUGAACUUCUAGAUAUGAUUAACGACGAACGGCAGAAUAAAUUUGUUACUUAUCUAUCGUUAUCUAAUAAUGAUCCUGAAAAUCCAGACUUUAAAGAGUUGAAGAACUUAAUUGUGGAUACUACCGUAGCAGCGAAAAAGAAAGGCAAACUCCGUUGGAGGAAAAAGAAGAAAGGCGAAGAAAAAGAAAAUAUGAAAAACAUAGUACAAGUGAAACAGAAAAAAGUAUUGAAACUGGCCGCCAAGAAAAAAAGGAAAGAAGAAGCUCGUAAAACUAAGCGAGACAAUUCAACGUUCAGUAAUAACGAAAUGAUGGUAGAUUGAAGUUGACUACACAUGUAUUUUAUAUUGUUCUUAUUUCAAAUAAAGAAAAUUUUACGUUUGUUUA